UCACAUAAUUAUUUAUUUUUUAAUAAAUCCUAGCAUCCCAGUGAUUUAAUGUUCUUUACUAUAUUUAGCUCUAAUAUUAACCCAGUGCGUAAGUAGUACAGAAGAUAAUUGGAUAAUUAUUAGAGGAGUAAAAAGCCCAUUGCUUAACUUACAUAGCACUCUUUUAAUAAGAGGCUUUGCACAUUUACAAUUUCAACUUAUAUUUUACAAAUCCCCAUUUAAAAAAACAAGGUGGAAAUUUUUGGGGGAUGAGCUGCACAUUUCCGUACAGCCAAUGGGCCAAUGACAUUGCAGGCACAGGGUUUUCCUGGCACUAUAUGAAUCAGCUCUUUCAGUGGAACAGAUGCAAGAGACACACGGUUUGCACGUGUCUAAAGUUUAUUUGAGCAGCCAAAACUGCAGAAGAAGAACAUGACUGAUGUAGACAAUGCCAAAUCGGACAGCAGGAGAAGCAGCAAGUAUACCAAUCUAGCUAUGAAGGGGAGCAGAAGUUUUAAGGACAAAAUAGCACUGAAGAACAAUUUGGCAAAAGAGACUCUUUCUGAAUUCUUCGCCACAUGUUUGUUGAUAGUAAGUGUCAGAUGUUUUCCUGUUUCCUUGUGUGUGACUGUGCUGACUCUUACAUUUUUAUGGAUUAAUAUGCACGGCUGACAUAAUGUUUCCUUAUGCUUUAUAGAAGUGCUUUAUACAGGAGGAAUAUAUGUGUUUGUUUUGUAACUAUCUGUAUUUUCAAAAGGGGCUGAUAAACAGUUUUGGCGAGAAUUUCUAAAAACAAGAACUCCUGCUUUUUAGAGGGGGACGGGACAGGAAGAUUUGGGGGGAAAUUGUGAAAAUAUUUGGGGCUCAUUCACUAAGCAAUUCAUAGAUAAGGGGGCAGCACAUUUAGGACAAUAUUCACAGACUGAGCAAUAUCAGCUAUUUUAACUUAAUUUUGCAAUUCUCCUGCCAGUAAUACAGAAUUCCUAGUAUAUUGAAUAAAUCCCUUUGUGACGGAGCUCCUGUACUCUGACUGAGUACCUCUCCUCUUCCUCUCUGCUACAAGAGACUCCGAAGCACUUUUGACUUAGUCGCCGAAGCUGGAUUGGGGUCUCUGAUGACCGCUUCCAUUGGACAAGGCUUCAGUGUUUAUAGCUCUGGAGACCUUCUCUUCUAUAAAGCAGUGACUAUAGCUUUUCCCCCACACAUUAGUCGAGACUGAAUGAAGGGGGUAAAAUGAUCUUUAUGGCACAGCACCCAGCUUUUCAUUCACAGCAAUGUUGACUCUCCCUACAGGGGGUCAUGCAUACAAUGCAAUGUACAGUACAAUUGUCCCUCCCUAGCGCCACUCUGUCUGGGGACAUAUUUACAUAAUCCCUAGUUAACACAAUCCGCUCCAGGUUAUGCCCACGCAAUCUUAGAGGCACAGGACUCAAAAUGUCCACAGAAACCCCAUACCUGGAAAGUGCACCUCCUAGUGCACUCGCUGUCCAAAUAGGGCCCUGAUCAGAGAAUCUGCACCCAAGUUAUAGCAUUUUAAAGUUUUAGUGGGUCGAAGCAAAUCCAGCUAAAAGUUCCAGGCAUGCAGUGGCUUAGUCCCAGUCUCCAAAAUGGGUUCCUGUACCUCUGGUGAAGAGAGCGCUCUCAAGCCUCAGGUAGCAUCCAAAUUCUCCUUGUCUCCCUGACCUCUAUUUGGAGGUGGGGAGACUGAGCGAUACCUGCUUAAAGAUUGACCGAACCUCUGCACAUUCUUGAUCCGAGGAACAGUUCUAAAGUGUUUCACAGUAUUUCCAGUCAGACAUCUGGUGUGUAAAAUGAGUCUCCCCAGAAAUUCUUACAUCUAUCUGGGAAGCACAGUAAGCAUUCCGGGGCUCCCAUGCCCUACCUAACAGCGAUAAAAGCCCCUUUUAGGGGCUCUUGGGACCAAGACCAUAGUCCAUAGCCAGGAGGCUGGCCUUUAAGCCUAUCCAAAAGUAUGUGGCACGGGAGCUUGCAUCACACCUUUCUACUUUACAGAUUUUCCUGAUUAGCGAAGCCUUAACCUAUAUGUAUAUCAGCAAUAUUUACUAAACUCUGAAUUGUUUGGCGAAAUAAAGAUUAAAAUAGCCAAAUUGUGACUAUAGCUGCAAUGAAUAUUUUUUCCAGAUCAGCUGUUUUUGCCUACAUUUUGCCAUUCAGAUUUCAAUUUGCUACAAUUCGAUUUUAGUGAAAAACCUCUGUUUGCAAACAACACGCAGCAACACAUUCAGAUACAUGAGUAAAUGUUACUUUACUUCCCUGUUACACAUUUUAUCCUGCAUGAAGCCCUGAAUUUUAGAAAGAGCAAAUAAUGGAAACUUUGGGAAAAAAAUAGGAAAAAAUAAAAUUAGAUCUCAGUAUAACCCAUUUAAAGGACACUAGGAAGUAUAAGGCACUGAGUGGAUUUUGCCAAAUUGGAAACUUGCAACUUCUGACCACAGCUGAGAAUCUAGCCCCUAAGUAACCUCACCAGGUCUACGCUGAGUACCUGGUUCUUUUAACCAAUCGUAUUACAGUUAAAAUUCGGCUUAUUAUUAGAGACCGCAGAAACACAGAUCAGAAUAAAGCAAAAACAGACCUAUAUCUAUUAUAAUAAUGCAUACAUUCUGGAGAAAUAUAUUGUAAAAACAAACAAUUUUUUUAUAAUUGUACAUGUAUAUUUGAAUAUCUUCUGCUGUGCCCUUUCAUUUAAAAUGAAAUAAAAGGGACUUUUAACUCAUUCAGUGCCAUAGAAUUAACAGUUGAAAUACAACAAAAAAGUGUAUCUUGUUUAUUUACAAAAAUGCCAAAACGCUACCAGGAACAUAGAUCGAUAGAUAGAUAGAUAGAUAGGUAGGUAGACAGACAGAUUGACAGGUGAGGAACCAGGCAGUAGAGCUCAUCUUUGCCUGCCUCCCCCUGCCACCGGACCCCCCAACAGCAAUAUCAUCAGUGCUACUUUAUCUAAAAUGUUCCGUGGAGAGAUUUUUCUGCAUAUUUGUUUGGCAGAUCGAUUGAGCCAUGUUGUAUGUUGUCUUUCUGAAUUCUUCGCCACAUGUUUGUUGAUAUAUAAGUUGUUGCAUAUCUGAUGGUUUGUUUUUUAGUUCUUUAAAAUGUUAUGUAAUACUAUAUUCUACCGUAUUCACUUCAUGUUUGUUUCAAUUGCAAAUCCACAUUAGAGGAAGUGGUUACAUGAAUUGCACAUUAGUUUAUAUUUGGAAGCAUGUAGACAUGCUGAUACCUCACAGUUCUUUCUGUCAGAUGACUGAUCUGUCCAUGUUUAAGAAUCUCUAAGCUUCUAUCACUAUGUAAAGUGUCUUGCCGUAGCUUGAAUUAACUGGAACCUCUCCAGUCAGUGACCUUUACAAUAUCAGUUAGACCUCAUUUCAGAGCUUGUGACUGUAUAGCUGAAUGGGAAGCAUUUAUCUUUUCAACAUUUAAAAGAAAAACAAAACACAAAAACAUAAAACUAGGUCUGGCCGUUGAAAUAUCAUUUUCAUGAAUGUGUCCUGCUUUAGUCUGCUGAUAACUUUGUGUAUGUAUUUUCCUAGGGGUCCAGAUCUACAUAUGUUCACUAGACUUCACUUAAAGGAACACUAUAGUGUAAGGAAUAUAAGCAUGUGUUCCUGACACUAUAAUUGAAAAAGCACUGCUUAGGCCUCGGCCCCUCCUUAAUUUUAAAAGGUGAUUUUACUUACCUUUUUUCCAGCGUCGUGCCUGGCUCACAGCAUCUGUCACUGUCACGCUCUGCCUCCACGGCUGAGAUCAUUUUUCACAAUCUCAGCAAAUGCUUUCCAGUAGGGAGGCUAUUGCACGUUCACAUUGAAUAAAUGCAUCUCUAUGAGGAGACUGCAGCACUGACCCAAGAAAUAUGUCUACUGGCCUUCUGAAUGACUACCACUAGAGGCCUAAGACAGUAAUGUAAACAAGCCUUUUCUAUGAAAAGGUAGUGUUUACAUUAAAAAUCCUGUGGGUACACUAAGCUGUAGUUGUUCUGGUGACUAUAGUGUUCCUUUAAUACCCUCUCUAAUAUGUACCAAGUUGAAAGCAAUAUUAUAUUUUGAUAUCAAAACAACUUUAGCUUCAAGGGCUACUAUACUGUCAGAAACACAAACACGUAGCGUGGAGACACUGAACGUCGGUGCUGCACAGUGUGCAGGACUGACCAAAGAAGCACCUCUAGUAGCUAUCUGAGGAGUGGCCACUAGAGGUGUUCCUAGGCUGAAAAAGCCUGCAGGGACUGACUAUACUCAUCAGAACAACUUUAUUAAGCUGUAGUUGUUCUGUUGACUGUAGUGUCCUUUAAUGAGUUAAUGAGGCAGUUUUAGUGUGAUAAUACAUCUGUAUCACUGCUCAAUUCUAUGCCAUUUAGAAGUUAAAUUACUUUAAUUUCUGUUUAUAUAGCCCAGUCACACCUCCCCUGGCUAUGACUCACACAUUCUGCAUGAAAAAAAUAUUUUCAUUUUCAAUCAAAUCUUAGAUAAAAAUAAAUUUUUAUCCCCUGCCCUGUAAAUUUAACUUUAAUCACAGCAUUCUGGUCUGUCUUCGUGUUGCACAAAGAAAUGCCAUGAACUACAGUUGAAAUUCAAGGAAAUCCCUGAUCAUUACGGAAUCAAUGUUUAGAAUCUUUUCCUGUUAUAUUUUACUUUGAAAAGCAGAAAAUAAAAACUACCAUGGUAGGUGCAAGUGACAGUGACGUAUUUGCCUUGGGCGGAACUUUCCAGGGGGCGGCAAAAAAAUACCGCCCCCAAAUGCCCAGGCAAAUACCUUGUUAGCCUAGUGGCAGGCGGGUAGCUGAGUUCCAAGUCGGGCAGCGAGGGAGAGUUGAUUUGUGAGCUCUCCCUGCUCAGCUCCCUAGCGAGCAGCAGAGUGAUGUUGGGAGCCGGAAUAUGGUGUCAUAGGGAGCUGAGCAGAGAGAGCUCACAAAUUAGCGCUCCCUCGCCGCCUGCUUUGGAAUUCAGCUAGCCGCUCAACUGCCUGCACGCCUGCCUCCCUGUCAGCCUAAGCAGCCUGGACCCCAGGUCAAAAAUUCAUCCAGCUCUCCCAAAGGUAGGGAGGCUGGGUGGAUGUAAAUUAAAAUAAAAAAAUAAUUGUGUGUUGGGGGGGAGGGGGGGGAGAAUGUGUGUGUGUGUCUGUGUCUGUGUCUGGCUGGCAGUGUGUGUGUGUGUGUCUGGCUGGCUGUCAGUGUGUGUGUAUGUCUGUCAGUGUGUCUGUAUACCUGUCAGUGUGUCUGUAUGUCUGUCAGUGUGUGUAUGUCUGUCAGUGUGUGUCUGAGUGAUUGUGUGUGUCUGUGAGUGAGUGUUUGUGUCUGUGAGUGAGUGAGAGUGAGUAUCUCUGUCAGUGUGGGUCUGAGUGAUUGUGUGAGUCUGUAAGGGUGCCUGUGUGUGUGUGUAUGUCUGUCUGUAAGUGUAUCUGUGAGUGUGUGUGUCUAUGAGGGAGCCUGUGUGUCUGAGUGAUUGUGUGUGUAUGCCUGUCAGCGUGUGUGUCUGUGAGUGUUUGGCAGUGAGUGAGUGUGUGUGUCUGUGUCAGUGAUUGUGUUUGUCUGUCAGUGUGUGUCUGUCAGUGAGUCAGUGAUUGUGUGUGUCUGUCAGAUUGUGUCAAAUCAGUGUAUCUGAGAGUGUGUGUCUAUCAAAGUGUGUGUGUUAGUCUUUAACAGGAAGGGGUGUGGCAAAUGUAAAUUAGGGGUGCCCGAGUUCCGUCAUGCCUAGAGCAGCAUAGAUCCAAAAUACACCACUGGCAAGUGGUAAAAAUAUAAAAAAUAUUUAGAUCUUUUGGGGGUUCAUUGAUCACUCUUUUGUUGCCCUCAAUGAACUCAGAGAAUGAUCAAUAAUCAGUCCUAGGACAAUGGAUCAUGCUUGCAAGCAGUGUAAUUUUUUUCAGCAUUCAAACUAAGAGAACUUUGUAGAAAAACUUUUUUUGAAAAAAAAUGUUCUCUCUCAAUUUAACUCAAUUUCUGAUUUAAUCGCUUCAACUCAAAACAAAGUAAAGAGAACUAGAGCAUUGGGAUGCUGUCAUACUAAUACUAAGUUUUUAAUAGCCUAAGGGAGUGCAUCAUUUAAACAAAGGUAUAAUUAAAUACAAUAUUUCAGAAACCACAUCACGAUAAACACCUUUCUUGAAAGUGAUCAUUAAGACAUGAACUAUUAUUAAUGGACAACUAAAUCAAAAUAUUGGGGCUAUUACAGCGAAUUAUGAAAAAUUCCCAACUGGUCUAUUUUGGCCAUUAGACAGCAAAACAUAAUCAUGUGCAUAAACACAUUAUAAAACAUUUUCACUGUACAAGUGAUACUAAUAAAAUAUCACAUUUGGUAAUAUUUAUUAUGUUCUAAUAUAGAGGCUAUAAGAAUAAAACAUUUAUAUAAAUAACACAUUUCAUUAAAAAAAAGUUAGUUUUUGAGAGAAGCGACAUGCGCCAACACAUAUUUUAAAUUCUCCGAGAAUUUAUAUAUAAAUAGAAUACAGAGGAACAAUGAAAUAUUUAAACCUGCCAGUUAUGGUUUUUGCACACUGUACAAUAUGAAUAAUAAUAAUAGAAUAUUUAAGACUUCUGCACAACCUACCACUACGACUGGGCAUGAGGCAAAUCUUUUAUUUUUACAGUAUCUAUUUGGUGGAAAUGACCCCCACACAUAGAAUAUAAAAUGUGUCAGUUAGGGUACAGUCAGUUUAUGUUCAUCUUUUUUUUUUUUUUUUUUUGAAGGCUGUCCUUUCUGUUUUUCCUCUAAAGUGCUAGUGUUUCCAAUUUGCUCCAGUAAAACAACUAUCUCUAUGUGAUGUGUUAUGGCGGCUCGAUAGCUCUACAAAGCUGAUGUUUGUACUGCAGCCCCAAGAUAACACCUCCUGUGCACAUAAAAUAAUGCUAUGCAAGGAUUACUCAGCACUGUUAUAGAAAAAGAAAAGAGUAUCAUGAAUAGAUGACUUUCUGGUCUGAGCAGAGUUCACUGCAGAUGUUUCAAAGCCUGAGGAAUUGCAGCAAUGGGACCUCAAAUGUAGGCAUAUUUUUAUUUUGCUCAAUUUUUCAUUUAUAGUUUUUGCUUACAUGUUUUCAUUUUUUUCUAUUUUUUAUUUUUACUUAUGCUACUUACACGACCUAUUACCUAUACAUUACAAGCUAUAGAAUUUCUUAAAACGUAUAUCAACAUUUACUAAUAAUAGAAAACUUGUGGCCAUGCAUGGAAGAGCAUACAGGUGAUGUUUGAAAAAUUUGAAUAUCGUGCAAAAGUUCAUUUAUUUCAGUAAUGCAAUGUAAAAGGGGAAACUAAUAUAUGAGAUAGACGCAUUCCAUGCAAAGCAAGAUAGUUCAAGCCGUGAUUUGUCAUAAGUGCGAUGAUUAUGGCUUACAGCUCAUGAAAACUCCAAAUCCUCAAUCUCAGUAAAUUAGAAUAUUACAUGCAAUCAAUAAAACAAGAAGUGUACAUAGAACAAUAUCGGACCUCUGAAAAGUAUAAGCAUGCAUAUGGACUCAGUACUUGGUUUGGGCCCCUUUUGCAGUAAUUACUGCCUCAAUGCGGCGUGGCAUGGAAGCUAUCCGCCUGUGGCACUGCUGAGUUGUUAUGGAAGACCAGGAUGCUUCAAUAGCGGCCUUCAGCUCUUCUGCAUUGUUCGGUCUCAUGAAUCGGGAUCUCAGAAAGCCUGCUUUCAAAAAAUAUUUUAUUUUAAUUAACAAUUCCUUGUUCAGAGCUUUGACCAAAAAUAAAUAAUGCAAAUGUAAUAAAAUGGUGGUUGUUGGAAAGAGAAGAUUUCCCAGUACUUUAAAUGUAUCUUGUAAAAUAAGAUUAGUAAUGAGGUCUGUAGGAACAUAGUAAGGUGUUGGAACAAUGGUUGGGAUUAGGAAAUAAUGAGGACACAAUCAGGUCAGAUUAGUUGGAAUAAGAUAAGUGGUGUGAAAGAGAUCACUAACAUAACUAAGUUAUGAUCACUAACAUUACUCAACUAUGUACAAUGGAGGUUCAAAGAGGGCAUUUGUAAAUAUUAUUUUAAACGACCACUAUAGUGCCAGGAAAACAAACUCAUUUUCCUGGCACUAUAGUAUUAAUAGAUCCCCUCCACCCUCAUGGCCCCCUCCCGCCGGGCUCUAGGGGGAGGAAGGGGUUAAAAUCUUACCUUUCUCCAGUGCUGGGCUCCCUCUGCGCUGGGGACUCUCCUCCUCCGUUCGACGUCACCCGCAGAAAGCGCAUGCGCGGCAAGAGCCGAGAGCGCAUUCAGUCAGUCCAUAGGAAAGCAUUCUCAAUGAAAAAUCACAGUGAGACGCGCGGAAGCGCAUCUAGCAGCUGUCAAUGAGACAGCCACUAGAGGCUGGCUUAACUCAUAUGUAAACAUAGCAGUUUCUGUGAAACUGCUUUGUUUACAGCAGGCAAGGUUAACCCUAGAUGGACCUGGCACCCAGACCACUUCAUUGAGCUGAAGUGGUUUGGGUGCCUAUAGUGGUCCUUUAAUCAAGUAUUAUACAGUAGCUUCAAAUGAGGAUUUAAAUUGCCUUAGAGUUGUUGUUUAUGAGAGUGCAUCACCCUCAGCCAGUUAGGGGGUGGCUAAGGGUGAGGAUAGAUUGUGCUGUUACAAACUCUGGUCUGUUCCAAUGUUCCUGUAUUAUUGAUGCUUAGGUUCCACUUGACCACUUACGUCUUCCGAAGAAGAGCUGUACACAGCUAGAGAAACUUGAGUUAGCUACAAAGGUCAUUCAGCAAUACGAUAACAUUUUUAUAACUUUAGUUGGAGAGGAAGAUGGAUUUCUCUUCUUCAGAUUACUUUGCCAAAUCUAUGUUCUGCUUUUAAACGUUCUCAGAAAAUUAACAACAUACUGUUUAUAUUUCUGACAUUUUUGCAAAAUUAGCAAAUUCUUAAAAAAACAACAUAUAGUGUUCUUAGAAUCACAGUUGACAGUCUGGCUAAACAACCAAGAGAAUAUAGUAAACACAAAACCAUUUUUAUUUACUUAUUAUUCAUGCACAUUAUUGGCUCAUCUUUAAUAGAUCAGUCCAAGCCAACAACACAAAAAAUUGGAAUAUAUAAAGACUUGCCUAAUGUUUUGUCUGUUUGUUGGUUUUCUUUUUACUGUGAAGUUCACUAUAUAAUACAUUCAAUAGAAAGGAACACUAGGAAAUUGAAGACAAAUACAUGCAGUACUAACAAAACUGAGAUUUAAGUGGUAUCAUUUUCUUGCAAAAGUUGGAACAGCAAAUGAUUAUAAAAUAAUCUUUUCUGGAGGCUCGCCAUUGCUAUUUAAGGAUGGCAUUCAAACCAUAUCAGCCAAGAGUUCUGUUCUUUUACUAACAAAUGGAUCUCAACCUAACACGGCUUUGCCUACACUACACCUGCAGACUUACAGUGUUAUUUACUCAAGUGAGAACUGUCCGGAAUUCAAUUCAGAUUGAAUUUAAAAAUUUAGACCAGAAUAGCAAAUUAGAAAAUUUCACCAAGUCAGUUUUGGUUUCAAUUUGGAUAUCUUAAGAGUGGGAAGAAUGAGGAUAAUGGCAGAAAGUGGAGAAUUAUUUGGAAUAUUGUGUCUGGAGAUUGGAGUAUGAGGGAUAUUGGAAAAGAGAGAAAGGGGUGGAGAGUUAAUUUUAAUGAAUGGGAGCCUUGAAGAUGAAACUAUGAAGUCAUAAGAAGCACAGCUUUGCCUAUUAUGCCAUUAACCUAAAGACGAAUUCUGGAACACACAGAUGCUCUGUAUUAGUGUAGGUAGUUUUGCUACAUUUUCUUUGACAAGACACUGACUACACUAACAGUUUUUUAUAAACUGUGAGGUAUCUGCUCGGACGGCACACACAAGCAGAGCAGAGAUUUAGAUAAAGGUAAUUUUAAUAGCUUUUUCUUGGCCGUGAUACAGAGAUCACAGAGACAGUUUUAAGAAGCCUGACAGCUAUAUUGAUCUGAUUUUUUUUAUGACAUAAUUUAAAGCUGUGGUAAAUAGGUAAAUAGCGUAAUCAUUUUUUAUGAAUGAUAGUGUCUUAUAAAUAGCUUGAUUGGCAUCAAAGAAGGAAUUUACGUGCACAGUAUAUAUGUCGACACAUACGUAUGACUUGUGCUGGAGAUAUAUGGCAUUAUUGCACAAUGAGGAAUAUUACUGCUUUGAACAAGACAUACGGAAUAAACAGUAUAAGCAGAAUAGCUCACAUGGUAAAGAAAAUAGCUGUUUUACACAAGAUAUAUGAUGGACAUAAAUGAAGUGAUGGGUGCUCUGUUAUCAUGUAAAAUAGAUGGAGCACUGUAACAUCUGGUUAGAUCAGGGAUGCCCAAAAGGUAGACCCCCUAGAUGUUUCAAAACUGCAUCUCCCAUGAUGCUUUGUCAUUCUAAAAGCAUUCUAAAUGCAUGCAAUACCUGGGGAUCUAACUAUUGGACGCCCCUAGAUUAGAGUCAGUGGAUGAAUUUUCCCGUUCAGAACCUUCCAUCACACUUGGCACCUGUUCCCAGUCACAUUAUUUCUUUUUUUUUUUUUUAAAUAAGAUUUAUUAGGGAAGAAAGAAGAUUACAAAAACAAUCACAAUGAAAGUGCAUAUAGGUACAAACAUCAGUUGUGAAGCAGUAAACAAAGAACACAUGUUGAAGGAUCAGAAAAGACCUACAGUGUAGUUAAAUAUUCAGACACAAAAGACAUGUGGGGAAAUCCCCUCGUAGGCAACGGGGGGAAUACACCUCAUAAUCACUAUCCCUAAUAGUAAAUAAAUGUAAAGGCUUACAAAAAAAAUUAUGAACUUUAUUGAAAAAACUAAAAUAAAAUCCAAAAAGCACACGACACCCUAAAAAUUAGGGAAUUAAAACAAUGGCACUAGAUACUGAAAAUCCCUAUUCCCUAUUUUUAGGGUGUCGUGUGCUUUUUGGAUUUUAUUUUUGUUUUUUCAAUAAAGUUCUUUUUUUUUUGUAAGCUUUUACAUUUAUUUACUAUUAGGGAUAGUGGUUGUGAGGUGUAUUCCCCCGUUGCCUAUGAGGGGAUUUCCCCACAUUUUUUUUGUACUCUUUAUAUUCUAAGGUUAAGCCCUUUACUAUCCCUGUAAUCCCCUUUUGUUCUCCCUGUCAGAGUUCUUCUCUGGCUGGAAGUAUUUUGUAAAUAUUCAGACACGAUCAUAUGACUAUGCACAAUUCAAUUUUACCUGUACAUUGAAACCAGUGCUCACAAGAAGCACUCAGCACGUGAGGCAGGAAACCCUCACAGCAGUCUGCUAACACCCGGGAGCUUUUACUAACUGAAUUUAUAAGUGCCAAUUUCGCUUUAAGUUGUCUCUUUAUAAAAUAAGCCUGUCUGGUUGCCAUACAAAAAAUUCUUUAAGCCAUUCGCACACUGAAGUUCUUUAGGGAACUGGAGUGUCACUUUAACCCCUUAAAGGACCACUAUAGUUCCAGGAAAACAUACUCGUUUUCCUGGCACUAUAGUGCCCUGAGGGUGCCCCCACCCUCAGGGUCCCCCUCCCGCCCGGCUCUGGAAAGGGGAAAAGGGGUAAAAACUUACCUUUUUCCAGCUCUGGGCGGGGAGCUCUCCUCCUCCGAUCCUCCUUCUCUCCUCCCCGUCGGCUGAAUGCGCACACGCGGCAAGAGCUGCGCGCGCAUUCAGCCGGUCACAUAGGAAAGCAUUUACAAUGCUUUCCUAUGGACGCUUGCGUGCUCUCACUGUGAAAAUCACAGUGAGAAGCACGCAAGCGCCUCUAGUGGCUGUCAAUGAGACAGCCACUAGAGGAUUAGGGGAAGGCUUAACCCAUUUAUAAACAUAGCAGUUUCUCUGAAACUGCUAUGUUUAUGAAAAAAUGGGUUAACCCUAGCUGGACCUGGCACCCAGACCACUUCAUUAAGCUGAAGUGGUCUGGGUGCCUAGAGUGGUCCUUUAAGGACACAACUUCUGGAAUAAAAGGGAAUCAUGACGGAAUAUUUCCGUCAUGUGUCCUUAAGGGGUUAAGUCCCUUCAAUCACACCCUCUCCCAGCAAUAAUCUUUAUAUUAUUUAUUAAUAUGUUUUUGUGUGCAACAUAUACACAUAGUUACAUACACCACACACACAUAAUAAUUAACAUAUCCACCCUCGUAUUUCCAUAACGUUUAAAUGCAAUAGGGUGACUUAUGGCUACAGGAAUUUAUUCUGUUACCAGGCCUCUGAUUGGAAAUGUCCACAGGGUGGCCCUUAGUAUGGGCUCAUGGACACACUGUGGUAGUUCUACCAAUGGCAAAAAUAGCCCAUCCUUCCAUACUCCUUUGUUUCAGCUUACAUUCACUUACGUAUUGCAUGAUUACCCAUCUGACGUCAAUACUCACUAAUGACAUGCCAUACAAGCUAGCAGUAUUGUCAUUUAUUGUACAGUCUGGCCAUCACACUCACGCUCGCCAGCUACCUCUUGUCUCAACUCCCCAUUGCUACCUUUAAAUUGUGCAGAGAGGUUACUGCUCUCUGUCCAGGACUUGCCCCUUAACCCGCAAAUUGAGAUUAGCAAUAUAACAAUAUUAUACACUAACAGGGUUAUUCACUAAAUUGAAAAUGAUCGGGAUUUACAUUUUAAUUUUAGGCCAAAAUAACUGUUUUGGAAGCAUAGCAAAUUUGGAAAAUGUUUCUUGUUUGGCUAUUUUUGCCUUACGUUUGAAAUUAACCUUGAAAUCUUGACAAUUUGGAUUUCAGUGAAUACCGUAUAUACUCGAGUAUAAGCCGACCCGAAUAUAAGCCGAGGCCCCUAUUUUUACCACAAAAAACUGGGAAAACUUAUUGACUAGGGUGGGAAAUGCAGCAGCCACUGGUAAAUUUCUAAAUUAAAUUAGAUCCCAAUAAAAUUACAUUAAUUGAAUAUUUAUUUACAGUGUGUGUAUUGAAUGAAUGCAGAGUGUGUGUUUGUGUGUGUGUAUAAUGAAUACAGUGUGUGUGUGUUUGUGUGUUGUGUGUGUGUAUAUAAUGCAGUGUGUGUGUUUGUGCAGUGUGUGUAAACUGGAUGAGGGGAGGGCAUUUUUAUUGUAAUUUUUUAAUUUUAUUAUAUUAUUUUAAUAUUAUUAGAUUAUUAUAUUAUUAUUAUUUUAAUAUCAUAUUAUUUUAAUAAUAUUAUUAUUAUUUUAAUAUUUGCAUUAUUGUCCCCCCUCCCUGCUUGUUGCCUGGUCAGGGAGGGGGGACAAAAAACUAUUUAAAAAAAAUAAUGCAAAUAUUAAAAUAAUAAUAAAAUAAUAUUAAAAUAAUAUAAUAUUAAAAUAAUAAUAUAAUUUUAUUAUUAUAUUAUUAUUAUUUUAAUAUUUGCAUUAUUUAAAAAAAAAAAAUUUUGUUCCCCCUCCCUGGCCAGGCAACAAGCAGGGGGGGACAAAAAACCAUUUAAAAAAAAAAUAAUGCAAAUAUUAAAAUAAUAAUAAUAUAAUAAUAUUAUUUUAAUAAUAUUAUUUUAUUAUUAUUAAAAUAAAAUAGUAUUAAAUCCCUGGUGGUCCAGUGGCAUUGGCAGUUCAGUGGGGGGGCUAGCAGUGAGCUUUUACUUACCUUCCUGCAGCUCCUGUCAGCUCCCUCCUCCUCCGUGCAGCUCAUCUGUCAGCUCCGUUCUGCUCACAGUGUAAGUCUCGUGAAAACUACUUUUCUACACUACGCAAGACGUGCACUUUGAGCAGAACGGAGCUGACAGAGGAGCUGCACGGAGGAGGAGGGAGCUGACAGGAGCUGCAGGAAGGUAAGUAACAGCUCACUGUCAGCCCCCAACAGGACCUCCGGGCUUGUAAUGAGCCCGGCAGUCCUGGUCUGUAUUAUGGCAAUAUAAAUUGCCAUAAUACAGACUGACUCGAGUAUAAGCCGAGUUGGGGUUUUUCAGCACAAAAAAUGUGCCGAAAAACUCGGCUUAUACUCGAGUAUAUACCCUAACCAUGGAAAACUGUAAUGGCCAUCAAAAGCACUCCCCCUCCAUUGCAGAGUAGUAUUAGAGAUGUCCAACUUCGGGCACCAAGUGUGACUUUAUAAAGUACAGUGUUAAGGUGUGUAACCCUGUGUCACAAAAAUUAUCCAAAACUAAACACUCUAGCAAACACAGUCUCAUGUGGUUCUCAACAUCUAUUGCCAUCUAUGCUCAUCAGAAUAUCCCUCUUAGAAUCAAAAACACCAGUGAAAGGAACACGCCAACAUUCAAUUUCAUAUUUCAUUUUAACAUUUAGACGGUUCAUUUAGCUUGACAACCGGGGAGUGUACCCUCAUUGCCACUAAUUAAUCCAUAAAGUUCAGAUUUCUCUUCAAAUUGGAUUAUUAUUAUUAUUAAUAUAAUUUAUAAAGCGCCAACACAUUCUGUAGUGCUGUUCAAUGGGUGGACUAACACACAUAUUUGUAACCAGACAAGUUGGACACACAGGGACAGAGGGGUUUUGGGCCCUGCUCAAUGAGUUUACAUGCUAGAGGGAGUGGGGUAAUGUGACACAAAAGGUAAGGGUAGUGUAGAAAAGUAGUUUUCUAGGAUAGUGUUCAUUGAGGGCUUAGUAUUUUGUUUUGAUGACAGUUGCAGGAGCGGAAUCAAGGUGUGGGGAGGGAAAACUGUUCGCAGUUUAAUUGAUAUGCUUUCCUAAAGAAGUACGUUUUCAAUUUUUUUUGAAGGAGUGGAGAUUUGGUGAAAGUCUAACCGAGAGGGGAAGGGCAUUCCAUAGGAAUGGUGCAGCUCUAGAGAAAUCUUAAAAGUGAGCAACAGAGGUAGGAGUACGAACAGAGUUUAGACGUAGGUCUUCGGCAGGGUGUAGGGACCUAGAUGGGAUAUUUGUGUAUUAGUGAGGAUAAGUAGGUCGGAACAGCAUUGUGUAGAGAUUUGUAAGCAGUAUCAGGAUCUUAAAUUGAGUCCUAUAUCUUACAGGAAGCCAAUGUAGGGACUGACAAAGGGGGAGGCAUGGGAGGUGUGGGUGGACAGGAAGAUGAGCUUCGCCGCCGCAUUCAUUAUAGACUGUAAUGGGGCAAGUUGGGAACACGUAAGACCACUGAGAAGCAGAUUACAGUAGUCAAGGCGAGAGAGGACAGCGGCAUGGACAAGCACCUCUGCUGUAACAGGCGUUAAAUAGGGUUGGAUGCACGCAAUAUGUUUUGGAUGGAAGCAGCAGGAUUUGGUGAUUGAUUGGACAUGAGGGGUGAAGGAAACAUCAGAGUCAAAAAGAACAUCUAGCCAACGAGCCUUAGAGGUAGAGCGGAGGGUAGUGCCAUUGACUUGGAGGGACACAGACAAUGGAGUAGCAACACUUGAGGGAGGGAACACCAGAAGUUCUAUUUUGGACAGGUUCAGUUUAAGGAAAUGAGCAGUCAUCUAGUUGGAAAUAGCAGAGAGGCAGUCACAGACAUGAGUCAAGAGGGGUGAUGAGAAAUCAGGGGAGGACAGAUAAAUUUGCGUGUCAUCCGAAUAGAAAUUAUACUGGAAGCCGAAGGAGCUGAUGAGUUUACCAAGGAAGGCAGUGUAGAUUGAGAACAAUAGGGGACCAAGGACAGACCCUUGAGGAACACCAACAGAGAGGGAUGGGGAGAAGAGGCAGAGCCAGAGAAAGAAACACUGAAUGAGUGCUGGGAGAGGUAGGAAGAGCACCAGGAGAGAGCGGUAUGUCGUAGACCGAGAUUAUGGAGGAUGAGAAGAAGCUGUUGAUGAUCAACAGUGCCAAAAGCAGCAGAAAGGUCAAGGAUAAUUAGGAUGGAGUAAUGGCCAUGGUAUUUUGCAGUGAUAAGAUCAUUGGAUACUUUGGUCACAGCUGUUUCAACAGAGUGACGAGUGCAGAAUCCAGAUUGAAGUGGGUCAGGCAGAGAGUUGGAUUCGAGGAAUCUGUCAAUCUCGCAUACACAACUCUCUCAAGGAUCUUGGAGACAAACGGCAGUAGCGAGAUAGGGUGGGAGUUGAACGUUGACUUAGGGUCAAGGUUGGGCUUUUUCAGAAUCGGGGUUGCGGUUGCAUGUUUGAAGGGUAGAGGAAAUGUGAAAUCAUCUUAAACCCUCAAGAAUACAACUUAAAGGGACACUUUAAACCCCUAAAGCACUUCAACUUGAAUAGUGCCCUAAUGAAGCCAUGUAGAGCUACAUGUAUUUAUAGAUAAAUAAAAAAAAAACAUAAAACAUUUGCUAAAAUGUAGAAAAUAACCUGUGCAUUUUCCUUGCAAGCUUGUUUAUGAAGUGCUGUAGCUACCGCUUGUUCAUGUAAAUCAAACCUGUAUUUUUGGAUUUACUUGUAUGAGACAUCCGCCUAUUGUACAGCACUGCAAAAAAUUUUGGUGCUUAAUGAAUAAUAAUAAUAUAGCUUCUUUCCUUAUUAAUAAAUUAGUUUGAUUCCCAUCUUAAACUAAAGUGUAAAAUUACUUACGGUUCUUCAUGAAUGUUUAAACCAUGCCAACUAUGGAAACAUUAUCAAUUUGAUAUAGUUAUAGAUAUUAUUAAUUUGUAAUAAAUGAAUGUGUUUUUCUGUGCAGACACUUGGCUGUGGGUGCAUUGCAUCAUCUGUUCUUGGUCAUGGAGCAACAGGUGGAUUUUUGACCAACAAUCUUGGCUUUGCAAUGGCAGUAACUAUGGCUAUCUAUGUAUCCGGAGGUGUUUCUGGUAAGUGAUAAGUUAAAAUAUAAAACAUUUUUAUAUUCUUAUUGUUAAUUUUUCAGAAAAUUGUGAACAAAGUGCUUAAAUAAUUAAAGCAGAAAACAGUGCAACACAAUAAGUAUAAUAUUCCUAAUACUAUAGUGUUCAUCUGCCUUCUAACACUUACAUUAUUCCAGCCCACAGGUACCUUGGUGCUGGCUCCAUCUCUGCCUCCUCUGACGUUAUUGGGGGAGGGAACCUUAUGCGCAUGCACAGUGAGCACCAUGUGUGCCUUAAAGGACCACUAUAGUGCCAGGAAAACAUACUCGUUUUCCUGGCACUAUAGUGCCCUGAGGGUGCCCCCACCCUCAGGGACCCCCUCCCGCCCGGCUCUGGAAGGGGGAAAGGGGUAAUAACUUACCUUUUUCCAGCGCUGGGCGGAGAGCUCUCCUCCUCCUCUCCGCCUCCUCUCCGCCCCGCCGGCUGAAUGCGCACGCGCGGCAAGAGCUGCGCGCGCAUUCAGCCCGUCUUAUAGGAAAGCAUUUACAAUGCUUUCCUAUGGACGCUUGCGUGCUCUCACUGUGAGACAGCCACUAGAGGAUUAGGGGGAAGGCUUAACCCAUUCAUAAUUAUACCAGUUUCUCUGAAACUGCUAUAAUUAUGAAAAAAUGGGUUAAGCCUAGAAGGACCUGGCACCCAGACCACUUCAUUAAGCUGAAGUGGUCUGGGUGCCUAGAGUGGUCCUUUAAGUCUUCCCCAUAAGAGAGAAUUGAAUCAAUGCUUUCCUAUGGGGAUUUAGAAAAAGCUGGACGUCCUCAUGCAAAGUGUGAGGACAUCUAUGAAAUGAAACUUUGAAACAGCCACUAGAGGCAAUAUUAAUCAUGCAAUGGAUUAAGGGGACAUAGGUACUGUAUCUAUAGCACUUUAAUGUGAUAAAAUGGGUCUGGGUACCUAUAGUGUCCCUUUAAGCAGUAUUGAACUGUUUUGUAACAAAACUGAAAUAUUAUUUAACACUUACAUUUUAAUGUGAGACAAUGUCUUGUUAAUUGUUAUUUCAACAUUAUUUGUUAAACCAUGACAGAUGUUUGGGACAAGGUGCACUCUAGAUAUUCACUGGAAUACACAUUUUCCAUUUUGAUUUAGAAAUGAGAAACUAGAUGCUUUUUAAAAUUUAUCAUAUUACCUUUCUCCUUUGUGAAAAAUGUUAAUAGUAAUAGUCCCCUUUCAGAAUAGGCAGUGGUGUAUCCUGGUUUUGUGCUGCCUUAGGCCGCAGAGUGAGGCUGGGAGCUGGAAGAUGACGUCAUAUUCCGGCUCCCAGCCUCACUCUGCGACGCGCGAGGGAGCUGAGCAGACAGCUCAGAGGAAGAGCUCCCUCGCCAGCCGCCCGCCGGACCAUCAGCCAGCGCCGCCCAGCGCCCAGCAUGUCUGUUAGCCGCGAGGCUAACAAGGCAUUUGCCCUGGGCAUUUGGGGGCAGCGUUUUUUGCCGCCCCUUGAAAAAUGCUGCCCAAGGCAAAUGCCUUGUUUGCCUCUCGGCUAAUACAUCCCUGAGAAUAGGCCACAAAUUUAGAGACGUCAAAGCCCGUAAAGUAUAUCAUUUGACAUGUGCAUCUAGCUGUACCUGAACUGUACCUGUAACUAUGUAACUAUGUAACCAUAGACAUAUACUGUCCUGUAGGCUUUUCCUUGAUCAAUUGAAUGGAUCAAAAAAUUUAACAUUACAGUGAUAUGUGUGUACAGAAUUAAUUAUUGUUGUAUUUAUUGUCAUAUCCAUAAAUUCCAGGAAUAUCGACAAGUAUAUCUGGUACCUCUCAUCAAGACCUUUAAAGGAACAUUUCUAGCACUAUAACCAGCCCACUGGAGUUAUUAAAGAUCCAGGAGUGCCCUGGUGUUUAGUAGUCAAACCAUAGGAGAAUAAUUUGACAACUUACCUGGUGUCCAUAUAGUGCUGCUUGUUUAUUGCUCUUCAGACAGAAGUUCCAGGAAGCUGUAGUCCUGCAGCCGAGAUCUCUUAGCCAAUUAAGUCACCCAUGCACUGCCAAGUUUAGUUCAGUGCAUGGGUGAGCUCAGGGCUAGCUGCACGUUGGACUCCAGGUAAGCUGUCAAACCAUUCUCAAACAGUUUGACUACUUACUCUGGGAGAGCACCAUCAUCACUACAAUGGAUGUGCUUGUAGUGUUCUUUUAAUAAUAUCACAUAAGACCUCACAAAAAAUCCUUAGUAGUUUGAAAGCCCAAUUACUAACCAAUUACUAACCAAUACAAUUAUAUAAUCCAAUAUAAAAAAAAAUCACAAUUUCAGCUUAAAUAGACUUCUGUUUUGACACACACUGACAUCACAUAGCUAUAUUUACCACAGUGGCAUGUUGUACUCUUUAAUUCAUACACCAUUAAUAUUAUGCCACCACUGUCACACGCACACUGACACUACACACAAAUACUUUACAUACGUACAGAGACCCAAAGUAUAUCCCUGCAUUCAUAUGUGCUGUUCCUCUAAUCAAACUCCACUACAUUCACAAAACAGCCAUCAACACGAAAACAAAUAUACAUUUACGCUACUACAUACUCAUGCAAGAAGUGACUAUUGGUGGUGUCCCUAGUCUGUAAUGUAAACACUGCCUUUUCUCUGAAAAAGCAGUGUUCACAUGAAAAUGCCUGCAGGGACUGUUUAUACUCACCAGAACAAAUACAAUAAGCUGUAGUUGUUCUGGUGACUAUAGUGUCCCUUUACGUAGGGUUGGCAAGACAUAACUAGAAAAUAAAUAUAAUUUCCGAUUUCUUUGCAACGGCGCAAUAACUUAGCCAACUUUAUAAUUUAGCCAACUUUAUAGUUUUUACUUUCAAAGGAUAAUGAGAAAUCAUUUGCGUUGUUUGUGUAUCAUCUCAGAUGUAGCAUUUCUUGAAAACCAAAAUAGAUGGUAAUCUUUUGUCGUUGGGUGAGAGAUUACUAGAGGCUUGCUCACAGUUUUAGCUGACUUAGUAUGAUAUUUAACUGGUGCCUGACUCUUAACAAAAGUAUAAAAACCUCUUGUUUUUAUUGACUGUGUCUGGAAUAGCACAGUCAAUGUGUAGGUCUUUAGCAAAUGUUCACAUCGUAUAUAUUUAUUGGGCAGAGCACAGGCCAUGAGGUCGAGCAAUUAAAUUAUCUCAUGGACCAUAUGUCAAUGUUUCCAUUGGCUGUCUCCAGUUUGUAUUUUGUAAAUUUAUUUUUGUCUUUGAGCCAAGAGUAGUUUGGUUGUUGUAGAUACAGAUUCAGUUUUCAAUUAGAUAUCAUAAAAUGAGACAAUGAGACUCAAGUCUUUUGCGAAGUCAGAAAAUGUAUACGGUUACGGCACAUAAGGCUACAUAACAUAUUACAAGUAGAAUCGAAUUAUAUUUGAGAUAAUAAAAUCGGAAACACAGAUACUGCUUAGUAAGAGUAAAACAAGCAUUUUGGCUGAAGUGUUUCUCAGGCUGACAGGAAAAAAAGGUUACUUUAUGAGUUGUGUCAACCAUAUUGUAACCUCUGAAGAUGGCCUUCAAUAACAAAGGCCAGAUCAAUACCAGGAAAAAGCCUAAAUGUAGUUAUGAAUGGAGGAGGUCAUGUUUUAAAGCCCCGGUAUCACUUAGUAGACUAUAUUGGAUUUGUAAUAAAGGGAAAGAGCUCAGGUAUACAACAAAGUACUAAUUUAUUGUUAAAGUGUGGAGAUUACUAGCAGUGUCUGCAUUACAAAAAAUAUAUAUCACCAAAUGUUAUAUAGUGUUUCAAUAAAACAACAUUAUCUUAUAAGAUGAAUAAAGGUAAACAGCUGUUUAUUGGUUGCAUUAAAAAUCUCAACUAGUACUCAAUGUUUGUUAUCUGUCUGCAUUGCAUUAUAGAUUAAUUUAUCUGGUAUUGUUAAUGCAGACCCAAUAUAUUGUUUGAAUUCUACCAGUGGUUAUUUCUGCAUGAGUGUAAUUAUAAACCUUAAAAUCUGAUCAGCCAAUAGGAGGACCUCCACGAAUAAGCCAGCUGCCCCACACUAUGAGAUCAGAAAGGUCUUAUUGCAGAUAAAUGGUUUCUACACUCACUUGAUUUCCAUUCUCAUCACUUUAUGUAGUCCAGUGCUGGUAUUCUCCCUCUUCCACCCUCACUUUUGUGUUUGUGUCUUUCAUGCCACUACCCACCAGUAAUCAUACCAUGGCUCUUGUGCAAUAGCAAACAGAAUUGAGCUGCGACCACACAAGAAGUGACUAGUUUUUCCUGUCUACUGAUUGUGAUGUAUGUUCACUUACAAUAACUCAUCCUGCAUUUCAGCAGGCAGAACAUUGCCGAACACCAGAACCAGUGAAAAGGCUUCUCAACAUCUAAGCUUCACACGGAAGAAAUCAUAUCAUUAGGGAUCGCAGCACAAAUCAGUCCAGCUCUGUUAAAUGAUAUAGACUAAACAUUGUGAAGUAGGCUGUCUGUGCCCCCAUGCUAUAUGAUCCUGCAACUAUAAAUUACAUUAUUCCACAUAUUCUCUGAUUUUCCCAAAUUAGUCCACAAGUGAAACCCAUGGUCAAGGUCCCCCAUGCCCAGUUGUGGUCUCAGCAUAUGCCUAAGUUGCUUUAUGGGUAAUUGUACACUGUCAGUGGCUUGAAGGUAAUUGGGGGUGCAGUAAAAAGAACAGUUUAAGUGCCUGGAGAGACCAAUUUUUAAAAAUUUGAAUUGAACUUCCACAGUACUAACCCGAGAGUGUCCUGUUAAUCUAAGCUGUCUUGCACUGUUUGUACACUGCACUAAGCCAGCCAUACAAGCUUUAACAGGUCGUGUGAACAUGAUUGUGAAAUACAAACAUGUCAAAAUAUAUGAAUCAUUUUGCUGCAAUGAGAUAUGUUAUAAUUAAUAUCAGUGGCUUGCUAAAGGGGAGCAAACCAGCUUGAGUGACACCUGAGAGGGAUUGCACAGAGUUUCCCUUCCCAAACUGUCACUCAUAUACUCUUUAUAGCCAUAAAGGCCUUCCACAGCCAUAUAUUUUACUAAGAGACACAUGUUUCUAGCCCUCUCCCUACAGCCAUGAUCCUUAACUCAUCCCACAGCAAUAUUACUUCCCUCAUUCCCAAAGCUGUAUUUCCUGAACUCCAUAAUUAUUAAAGUUAUUCCCUCUGCUACAUUUAGAAUUUAGGGAACAGUUACCGAAAUAGAAUGAGGUCGCACUGUUGAUUACAGGAUUUUUAAACACAAUCGGUUUAGAAUUCCCAUUGAAAUUAUAUAUACUGAUCAGCCACAACAUUAAAACCACCUUCCUAAUAUUGUGUAUGUCCCCCUCAUGCUACCAAACAACUCUGAUGUUUCGAGGCAUGGAUUCCACAAGACCUCUGAAUGUAUCCUGUGGUAUUGGCUCCCAAACAUUAGCAGCAGAUCCUUUAAGUGCUGCAAGGUGGGCCUCAUGGAUCUGAUUUGUUGUUCCAGCACAUCCCACAUAUGCACAAUCGGAUUGAGGUCUGUGGAAUUUAGAGGCCAAGGCAAUGCUUUGAACUCUUUGUCAUGUUCCUUAAACCCUUCUUGAAAACAUUUUGAAGUGUGACAGGGUGCAUUAUCCAGCUGAAAGAGAACAGUGGCAUCAGGGAACACUAUUGCCAUGAAGUGUAUGUGGUCGGCAACAAUCUCUAGGUAGGUAGUACAUGUCAAAGUAACACCCACGUGAAUGUCAGACCAGAAGACCAGAAGACCUUCUACCAUUGCCCUAUGGUCCAGUUCUGACACUCAUGUCCCCAUUGAAGGCGUUUUCAGCAGUGGACAGGAGUCAUCAUGGGCACUCUAACUGGGCAGUGAAUAUGCAACCCCAUACACUGCACACUAUUGGCAGCAUUAAAUUUUUCAGCAAUUUAAGCUACAGUAACUCUUCUGUGUAAUGGGACCAGACAAGAUGGCCUUUGCUGCCUACAUGCAUAAUUGAGUCUUGGGUGUCGAUGAGCCUGGUGCAUGUUCACCGGUUGUCCUUCUUUGCACCACUAUUUCUGGGUGCUUACCACUGCAUACUGGGAACACCACACAAGACUUGUGAUUUUGGAGAUGCUCCGAUCAAGUUUUCUAGCCAUCACGAUUUGGUCUUUGUUAAAGUCACUCAGAUCUUUUUACUUGCCCAUUUUUCCUGCUUCUAUCACAUGAAAUGCAAGAACUGACUGUUCACUUGCUGCCUAAUUAUUAUUUAUUCCAUUGUAAUAAAAUUAUGAAUGUUAUUUACUUCACCUGUCAGUGGUUUUACUAUUUAAUGACCACAUGAAGAUCUAUGCGGAGAAAUCAAUUGGCACGGUAGGUUGGAUGUUUAUGCAUCUGACUAUCUAUAGGAUGGGAAAUUGGAUGAUUUCUGCAAAUGAGUCUGAGCAGUAUACACAGUCACAAUGGCAAGGAUGAAAAUUAAUGGUGACCUAUUUGAUCUAAUGACAAUCUCAAAUUAUAUUUGCCAGGGGUGCCCCCUUCUCCUCUGUUGUUUGUCCUGACUCAGUCCUGGAAGUCUUUUGGACAAAUUUAAAUAUCUGGUGAUUCCAAUACACAGGAACUCAAUACAAAAUCUGGGCAUAUGCAGGCAACCUGCUUUUUUAUGUAGAAAAGCCAGUAGUUUCCUUACCCAACAUUCUAUGAAAGUUUUGCAUUCAUGGUGAACUGAAUAACUUUAAACUUAACCUAGACAAACCCGAAGCACUAGAUCUUGCCAUCCUAUUCUCACAGGCUGAUCAACUAUAGACACGAUUCCCAUUCUGGUGGUGCCUGGAACAAUUCUGAUAUUUAGGAGCACUAUUUUACAAAGAUUUUAAAAAUGUAUACUUGAACUUUUUAGGUAGAAAUGAAGACAUGCCACAUAUAUCGUGGUUUGGACCUAUACCAUCUAUCAAGAUGAAUUUGCUGCCCAGGCUACUUUACUUAUUCCAGACCAUACCAUUAUACAUAGCCAAAAAGUUAUUUUCUAACCUUAAUUUGGCUAUGUAUAAUGUGAAAUGUGUCGAGAGAAGGCAGCCUACGCCACUCGAGGAUUCCAUUAUCACCAGCUAA